AAAACAAAAAGAAGAGAAAAAGUGGUGAAUUGAUAUGAAACAAUACAUUGGCAGCAGUGGCAGUGCUGUUGAGUGUAUCAUAUCAUGUGAAUCUCUCCCAUCUCUACCCUUUUGCUUUCUUCACCUCACCUCACACACAAUCUACAUCCAUUUGCAGGUUAAGAAGAAAGGACACAGUGAUGUAGACAGAGAGAGACAGCAAUAAUAAGAGACACAACACCCUUAAAAAUUUGGUCUUUUAUCUUUCUCCUUUCUUCAUCAAAAAGAACAGAAAGGGACAAGAUCCCCGAAAGCCGUGCCUUCGUCACACCCAGAUUCAGUUUUCUUUCGUACGGUGCGCUUUCCCCCCAAAGCUUGCUCCUUUUUUCAUCUUCACCCUACCCUGAUUCUAAAGUUUUCAUCUUUAGCUUCUGGGCUUCUUGGGUUUUCUCUUGUUUUUCUUCUCCAUUGAAGCAGCAGCAGAAGAAGAAGAAGGAUGUAUCCGAGGCUCAUACACCCCCAUGAAGGGAUGAUUGGCCAUGACGGUGGGGGUGUCCCUAACCACAAGGGUGACCCUUGUCUUGUUUUGACUGCUGAUCCAAAACCUCGCCUUCGUUGGACUCAGGACCUCCAUGAACGAUUUGUUGAUGCUGUCACCCAGCUUGGAGGUCCUAGUAAAGCUACACCGAAAGCUAUCAUGCGGACCAUGAAUGUCAAGGGUUUAACUCUGUUUCAUUUGAAGAGCCAUCUUCAGAAAUACAGACUUGGUAAGCAAUCAGGGAAAGAUUUUAGUGAGGGAUGCAAAGAUGGUAUAUCAGGUUCAUAUCUUUUAGAAAGCCCUGGUUCUGAUAACCCUUCUCCAAAGUUGCCAACAUCUGAUACAAACGAGGGUUAUGAAAUCAAGGAGGCAUUAAGAGCACAGAUGGAAGUGCAAAGUAAACUACAUUUGCAAGUGGAGGCCGAGAAGCACUUGCAGAUUCGCCAGGAAGCGGAGCGGAGAUACAUGGCCAUGGUUGAAAGAGCUUGCAAGAUGCUGGCUGAUCAAUUUAUUAGCGCUACAGUUACAGACACUGAUAACCAAAAGUUUCAAGGAAUUGGAAGUAAAGCACCAAGAGGUUCCUUGGUUGAUCAUCCUGGUUUUUACUCCUUGCCGUCGACUGAGGCGGCUGGAGUGAGUGUUCCCGAAGAAGAAAGACCUCACAAUCUCCCAUCCCAAAGAGCUGAUUGUUCAACUGAAAGUUGUUUAACCUCACAUGAGAGUUCUGGGGGAUUGGUCUUAGAAGGAUCUCCAAGUGAGGGGAGAAGAAGGAUGCUGGGAAUGGAUUCUUUUGCAGCACCUUUGAUCUGGAGUGAAGCUAAGAUGAAAACUCAAGCCAUCAAUCUAGCCCAUGGUAAUUCUCAUGGAAUAUCUAGGUAUGGCAUGUAAGGGUUGAUGGUAAUUCUCAAAUUGAUGGUGCAUUCUCUCAUAAUUAGAGGCACCAUUGAGCUUCUUUCCUUUUCAUAUAGGUACUUGAACUAUGGUCUCUUCAUGACUUGUAAGUUUUAAGUUAAUGGGAACAAAGGGGGAAUCAAUUUUAGCCAUUUUGUAUAUUUAAAUUAACUAUGGGGUUUAAAACAUUGCAAAAACCAAAAAGCUAUCUUUGACUAUACAAAAAAGAAGUUUGUUUUGGUGAUUA